CCCCACCAACAAACAUAAAAAAACAUCCACCCAAGCCACCCUUGUUAUUUCUUGCAUUCACACAUUCAUAUUCAUAUAUACAUUAUAUAUAUCAACCAUUCAGUUUUGAGAUAAUUUAAUUUAAGUGGAGAGCAAGAUGAACAUGGAAGAUGGUUUGAAUCUAACUUUGGGAUUGCCUGGAAGAGACGAAUCCAAUAAAGAAUCAUGCUUCAAAAACAACAACAAACGAUGUCAGCCUGAAACCAACAAGGAUAGCCACUCUGAAGCCAAAGAGACUGACAUGGAAACAGCACCUGCUACCAAAUCACAAGUGGUGGGAUGGCCGCCGGUGAGGAACUACCGAAAAAACAACUUCCAACAGAAAAAGAGCGAAUCCGAAAGUGGGAUGUAUGUGAAAGUAAGCAUGGAUGGUGCACCCUAUCUUAGGAAGAUUGAUUUAAAGGUCUAUAAAGGAUACUCAGACCUCCUAAAAGCCUUGGAGUACAUGUUCAAACUCACAGUUGGUUUGUAUUCUGAGAGAGAUGGCUGUAAGUAUGCACCUACUUAUGAAGACAAAGAUGGUGAUUGGAUGCUUGUUGGAGAUGUUCCCUGGGAGAUGUUUAUGUUAUCUUGCAAGAGAAUGAGAAUUAUGAAAGGAUCAGAAGCAAAAGGAUGAAGGUGACCAAAGAUGAUAUCUCAUGGAGUGGAAGACAAGAUGGGUCUUUCAGCUUGAGUUCUCCAAGAACUAUUUUCGUAUUUUGAAGAUGUCCCUUCUAUUAAUAAACUUUGAUAGGAGAAGUUCAGAAAAGAAUAAAAAAAAUAUUCAUAUGAUUUACUGAUAUGUAUAAAUCAGUUGAUCAUAGUAUGAUCAUAUAAUUUUGUAUCUGUAAAUAUUUGGCAGGAAUAUCAGUGAUAUUUUUUAUGUUUUCUA